AUGUUCAGCACCCUGGGGUUCAGCGAUUCCCAAAUCGGGAUAUUCAUGACUCUGACACUGUUGGGCGAUGUGUUUAUCUCCUUGCUGUUGACUCUGGUCGCCGAUAAGAUAGGGAGGAGACGCAUCCUCGUCGCUGGAGCGCUGCUUAUGCUAAUCAGCGGUGUCGUCUUCGCAAUUUCCAGCAGCUUCUCGAUACUUCUUCUUGCUGCCAUUGUCGGCGUCAUCAGUCCCAGCGGGAACGAGAUCGGUCCCUUCCGCUCUGUUGAAGAAAGCAUCCAGGCCCAGAUAACGCCUCCCCACCUCCGAGCAGAGAUAUUCGCCAUCAGCGGUAUAGUCGACGCCCUCUCCACCGCCUUGGGCCAAAUCUCGAUCGGCUUCUUCACGCGGUAUAUGAAGGGCAAGGGCUGGUCAGAAUUGGCGGGGUAUCGCGCGACCUUUUGGCUGUAUGCUGCGUGUGCGGCGGUCAAGUUGGGGCUUACGCUGUUGAUGAGCGAGGAAUGUGAGGUCGAGCCGGUUCGGGAAUAUAUGCCGGUUAGCACGGAUGAAGAUAUACCGUUGAGUGCGAAGAGCUCUCCUCAGACCGAACCACCGACACCUAUUGCUCUGGAGGACAACCCAAGAGGAGUGUGGUCGACGAUCGUUUCCUCAUUCCCCACAUUCUCCGAGGAGUCAAAGCCGAUCGUCCUCAAGCUAGCCUUGCUCCUUGGGCUAGGCAGCGGAGCCUCAGGACUAGUUCCUAUGUCCAUCAUCGUCUACUUCUUCUCUCAAACAUUCCAUCUCCCCACCAAUAUCCUCGGUCUCAUAUUCUUCACCACCUCCCUAGUCUCCGACAUCGCCCAGCUGCUCUCUGCCACAGUAGCCAAACGCCUCGGUCUAAUCAAAACGAUGUUUGUCACGCACCUUCCCUCCUCUCUCCUGCUCGCCCUCAUCCCCAUCCCGAACGUCUACCUUGCGUCUACAGUGCUGGUCAUCCGUUUCUGCACAGGGACGAUGGACGUCGCCCCUCGCACUGCGCUCAUCUCCCAGCUCGUACUAGGCGAAGAACGCACGAGCGUAAUGGGCAUCCUCAAUACCGUACGGACGCUUACGCAGGCUGUAGGCCCGUGGCUGUCGGGUUGGCUUAGUGAAGGAGGGAGGCUGUGGAUAAGCUUUGUGGUUGCGGCGGUGCUAAAGUCGUCGUAUGACUUUGGACUCCUGGCGAUGUUUUGGAAUGCCCGACCUAGAGAGGAGGUUGUAGUCCAGAACAAUGAUGAUAGACAUGAGCAGGACGAGGAGUCUAUUUAA